GGAGAAACACUGGUGGAAUCAAUGGCCAUCCUUCAAUACCUGGAGGACACACGUCCAGAACCUAGCCUGACGCCUGCUAACCUACUCCAGAAAACCCACAUGAGGGCGAUUUGUGAGACUAUAGUAUCAGGCAUCCAGCCUCUCCAGAAUCUAGGCCUCCGUCCCCGAUUCGACACGGAACAACAGUUCCAGAAGUUCGCCUUGUACCACACAGAACGUGGGUUGCAGACCCUUGAGGAGCUACUGAAGAAAACAGCAGGCGAAUUUUGCGUCGGUGACCAACUCACUAUGGCUGAUCUUUGCUUUGUACCGCAGCUGUUUAACGCUACCACUAGAACGCAGUUAGACAUCAGCAAAUACCCAACAGUUUCGAAGCUCUAUGAAGGUUUGUUGAAAAAAGAAGUCUUCAAGGAAACACACCCACACGUCGUUAAAUCGAAAUUGUAAUUUGCAUUUUUGUGCUAUCAUGAAAAUUUGUUAAUUAAACGACUACUUCUUUUAUUUGUAUUGAAAAUAUAUUAACUUCACUAAUU